GGGCCCUAUGUAUCUGCAUCUACAUGUUGCGCGGCACCAACAGCCCAUUGUCGGAGCAAAACACCAGCAACUGCAGCCUGCAUCUCCGUUCAAAGCGCUACAAAAAUGGAACAAGCCUUGGACCAGAAAAAUCCACUUAAACAAUCCCUGGAAGUACGCCAGAACUAACAAUUUACAGCAUCCGCCGCCUACCCCAGGCACACUAAAAAAAUCCUUACAGGGCCUCGUGCAAUGGCCGCCCUUUGUCUGUGUUGUUUGGGCGGCCCCACUUCCGACAGCUGGCGAAAGUAAACAAACGCGGUACCCCAACGGCGCCUCUCAGAUCCGCCUUUGAUACCUGUAAAUGAUUUCUCACCACUACUAGACCGCUGCCACAAGUCACCAUCUUUGUUUCGCUUUCUCCCAGGUUUUCUUCGAUUCCCGCCUCUUGCUAUGAACUGCGCCUUGUUUCGCUAGCUUCGCUCAAGCGCUCAUUCACCCCUCCCAGGACCUGUCGCGUCCACGGCGCCGCGCUCUUCCUCCGACGACCACAACACCGAACCAUUAUCACAACACAACCCGCACAAUAAUACUGCCAAAAUGGCGACAAUAGACUUGGACGCCCUCUUCACAUAUGAGGGCCGACUAGCUUCCUUCAAACGAACAACGAAGAAACGCGGCUCAACCGCCAACGGCCGAGCCAAGGUCCUCAACUGGCCACACAAACAAAUCACACCAGCCAGCCUCGCCAAAGCUGGUUUCUACUUCAACCCAAACAUCGAUAACCCCGAUAACGUGCAAUGCUUCCUCUGCGAUAAGAGCCUCGACGGCUGGGAGGCAGGCGACGACCCCCUCCGUGAGCACUUGACACACGCCUCGCACUGCGGCUGGGCUGUGCUUGCUGCUAUAGAGGUUGGCUAUGACGAGUUUGCCGCCGUCGAUCCUAUGGAGACGCGCAUGUCCGAGGCUCGUCUUGCUACCUUUGGCGACAGAUGGCCUCACGAGGGAAAGAAGGGCUGGGUUUGCAAAACAGAAAAGCUUGUGGAAGCAGGAUGGAAAUACACACCCACUGCCGACUCAGACGAUAUGGCUACCUGCACAUACUGCAGCCUGGCUCUCGAUGGAUGGGAGCCAAGCGACGAGCCCUACAAGGAACACUAUAAACGAUCACCAAACUGUGCCUUCUUUGCUCUGGGAGGUUUGGCCAAGACACCUGCCAAGAAGACUGCCCGCGGCAAGGGAUCUCGCGUCUCCAAGACGUCCCGUAUAUCUACACAGUCGACUAUUAGUGUAGCAGACACAACAGCCGUUGCCGACGAAACCGCCGGCCCAGAAGACAGCGUUAUGACAACUGCUUCCACAAUGACACAGGGUGGCACUAAGAAGCCGCGUGCAAAGAAGGCUGCUGCAAAACCACGAAGACCAAAGAAGGCCAAGAAGGAGGAUGAGGUCAAGCAAGAGGAAGAGGGCGAUGACGUGGUCAUUAUUGAAGCGCCACCUGCCCCUUCACCUUCUCCUUCGCCUGCCCCGGCACCAGUCCCCGCAAAGUCAACCAGAGGCCGAAAGAGAGGCAGCGCCGCCGUAGAAGACUCCAUCAUGAGCACCGCUUCCGUGCCCGCCACCAAGAAGCGAGCCACACGCAAGGCUUCCAACGCAACUGUAAACGCCUCUAUGGCCGCCAUGGAUGAUGAAAUGGCCGAGGCUCCUCCGUCAAAAACACCAGCCCCCAAGUCGAGCCGUGCCUCCUCCAAGUCAAGAAAGGCAUCUACUGCUUCAGUCAAGGCCAUGGCUUCCCUUCGAGCAACGUCCGAAGACCUGCCUGAUGAUGAUGAGAUUGAAAGACAGCUCGAAGCUGACUUGGAGAGACAGUUGUCCGAGGAUGAGAUGGCACCUUCACCUGUCCCUGUUGUCAAGGCGCUGCCCAAGACCAAGGCCAAGAAGUCUGCCGAUUAUGCCAUGUUUGAUCCAGAGCCUGCUGUUGCCGAAAGCUCUGAUAUUGAAGAUGAGCUGGAGGCACUCCAACGACAGAUGGAAGACGACGCCGAGCACACACAAGAGCUCAAGAUUGCCAAGAAGAACCGCACUGUUGCUGCUGCUGCUCCUACACGCAAAGCCUCUGCCACUCGAAAGGCUUCGGCUUCUGUACCUCGCAAGGUGUCAGCCCCCCGCAAAGCAUCCGCUACUCAAGCUCGCAGACCAAAGGCACCCUCACCACCCUCACCAGAAGAGGAGCUGGAGGACCCUAUGUCGUCAGCAGUCGAAGAUGUUCUCGAGAGCGAGGAUGAAAACGAUACCAUUGUGCAAAGCUCUCCUGUACGUCCUAGCAGUGCGUCUAGAGGACGUUCUCGCACGCGAACGGCCUCGAUUAUAUCGCAAGAUUCCGAAGCCAUGGUGACUUGCGACGAGCCCGAGACGGAACAAGAGGAUGAUGUGGCUCCUUCAGUUGCUGCAGAGUCUGAGCAUGAAACCGAGCACGAAACUGAAGCAGAGUCGGUCCAAGAUACUGAGCAAGAGACGGAGCCAGAGACGGAGCAGGACGACGAAGAGGAUGAAGAGGCAGACGUUAUUGCUGAGCUGCCUCGACCCAAGGCGCCUGUGCUUAAGAAGCCCAGGAUGAUGAACUUUGACUCGUCUUCGCCAGCCCCCAGACAGCUGAUGAACAACGAUCCUACCACUUCAGAAUUCGAAGCAGCCUUUUCGGACGAUUUUCAGGUUGCAGAAGACCCUUCUUCUCCCAUGCGCUCUGUCGCGGAGCCUACGACACCCACACAACAGACUGCAAGCUUUGUAUCUCCUGCACCAUCUGCUCAACAGGCAGCGCUCUCACCAUCGCAGUCGCCACAGUCAUCAGAUGCCGAGAACCAGCCACCAUCAACUGCAGCCAAGCGUCCUGCUCUGGCUGUUGUCACACCCACACGCAACGCCAUGUCGCCAUCCAAGCGCAACAUUAUUGCCGGUCUCAAGACAACUGCGCCAUGGACCGCUGCUGAUCUGGAUGUCAUCUUCUCCAAGGAUGGCAAGGAGAAUGGCGGUUUUGACAAGUUCUUGCAGCAAGGCAAGGAGCUAUCGGGCGAGGAAAAGGCGAUGACGGUGGAGCAAUGGAUCUACUUCAACGCGGCCGAGGCAGAGGAGCGCCUCAAGAUGGAGUGCGAGUUGAUGGUGAGCCGGUUUGAAACCGAAGGCAGCCGAGCCAUGCAAGCGCUCGAGGGCCUUGUGGUCGAUUGAUCAACCUGCUGCUUUUUCUUCUCCUUUUUUUUUUUUACAACCAAGCAUGAUGCAUGUACUGUACAUUUGGAAACGGCGCUUUUGUCUUUGUUUUGCGUAUUGAAUUUUUGGGGUUUUUUGGGCAUUCAACAACGGGUCAUUAUAGCAUAUUGAAUUAAGCUAGCAGCUAAAAAAGCAAUCGCCUUGGGGCGAGUUUGAACAGCCACAUUCAUCCUUGUAAAACGUGAGUAAUUGUAGAAUGGCAUGUAUUUCGUUUUUAUUUAUUUUGCUUAGCUAGACUACAGCUUUCCUGCCAACUUCAAGGCUUCCGGCCCAUCUACCAAAACGCACCAGCCAUCGUGGCCACGGCCACCGGCGCCAUAUACGACCGACUUGAACGGGUUGCCUUCUGUCGCAGCCUUGAGGACCGCGUCGUCGUAGGUUCCUGGCUGGAGCCAGAUGUGCUGGAUACCAAGAUCCUUAGCCUUGGCGAGGACUUCGAGGGUCGCGAGGGGGUUGACGACGAUGGAGAGCGAUGUGUUCUUGGGGUCCUGGAGGGCCGAAAUGUCGUUGAUGGCGGGGUAUUCU